AUGAGCAAUUACAACACCGUCGAGCCCACCGUCAUCGACGAGGAUCUGCUGAAGCGCGCGAUCCACGACCAGGUCAAUCCCGAGAUUGCCGAUAUUGCGCGACGCGAGGGCAUCGACCCCGUAGAGGUCUUGACGCUGCGGCUGGACUACAAGAAUAUCCUCAAGAUCGACAACCUGUGGGCGUAUGAAAAUCUCGUCAAGCUGCAACUCGACAACAACAUCAUCGAACGCAUCGAGAACAUUGGCUUCUUGAAGCAUCUGCAGUGGCUGGACUUGUCCUUCAAUAACCUCACGACCAUCGAGGGGCUCGACGGUCUGACGAUGCUGACCGACCUGACGCUCUACAACAACCGCAUCUCCAAGAUCGAAAACAUGGAUGACCUCGUCAAUCUGGAGGUGUUUUCCAUCGGCAACAACAACAUCAAUGUUCUCGAGAAUAUAUCGUAUCUGACCCGCUUCGAGAAGCUCCGAGUGCUCAACGCCGCCGGGAAUGCCAUAUGCAAGAACCCAAACUACAAUACAUAUGUGCUAGCUCACGUCAAGAACCUCAAAUAUCUGGACUAUCGCCUAGUGUUGUCUGAGAAGGUCGCUACAGCACGAGAAAAGUACAUCGACGACAUCAUCGCGAUGGAAGAGGAGGAGAAAAUAGCACUCGCCAAGAAGGAGCAAGCGCGGCAGCAGAACGAACUGGAUACGCUGCAUGAGGCGGCCCAUAUCAAAGGAAUCGAGAUUCUGUUUUCAUCCAUGUUUGACGACGACCUGGACUUUCAGAGGCUGUUCCAGAUCGACCGGGACCGACUGGGCGAGAUGCGCGACGAAUAUCCUUUCAGGAUGGGGUGGGAUGGGAUAUGCUGCUUCGACUUGGUCGUCAAUGAAUUCAAACAGACGGUGCUCUCAAAGUACCACGAGAAGCAGGACGAGCUGCAUCAGUUCCGGACCUGUGUGGACAAUGCGAAAAGAGACGCCAGCACCGAAAGCAUCAAGCGCCUGGAAAAAUACCAGCACAACAAGAAGCAGCUGAUUCGGGCCAUCCAGAGCUCCAGAGACUCCAAGGAGGUCGAGGAGGCCCUGAAGAUCCUGAAGGACCAAACCAGCACUCUGUCGGACGUCCUGCUCGGCUACGAAAUGACUCUGGUUGAGCAGAUCGAGGACGUCAUCAAGGAGAUCGAGCGCAACUACACCGAGCUCUGCGGGGCCAUCAACGAAAGCGGCCAGACGACCUUUGCGCGGCUGCGAGAGAUCGAGACCGAAUUCCAUGAAAAGUUCUCCGAGACGAUUGUGGCGCUCUUUGAGCGAUUCAACAAGGGCGACAUGGACGACCUGGACGACGACCUGCGUGAUAUCAUGGGCGAUAAGGACGCCCUGAUGAACGCCAUCAACGGUUCGCACGACUUUCGGCUGGGCAAAUUUGAUCACCAGGAAGACUACUUGGUGACCGGGGUGGCAAAGGACAUGGAGGUCGUCAUCCAGAGAAUCCACGAGGAAGAGAUCAAGCGCAACCGCGACCGAGUCGGCGAGAUCCUCGGGUUCCUGGACAAAUCCAACAGCGAGAUCGAGCAGGCCGAGGAGAAUGCGUACUGAGAGCGGGCAGCGGCAUGGUGGCCGCGAGGAGUCGGCGACUCCACGGAGCAAAAUUGUCAGGAUUCGUCUGGUGGUGUCGACUCGUCGCGAACAGAGCAGAUUUGCUGCCCCCCCC